AUGUCCCAUACCAUUUCUGCUGAUCCGGAAAGUUUCAGGUCUUUCUUCGAGGGUUGGCUUUCUGAACAAAACCAACAUCUCCAACACCUCACUAACAUGGCCUCCGAACACAACCAGGCCAAUCCAGAAUCAUUACGCGCGCUGGUGGAGCAAGAGGUGAAGCACUAUGAGAGUUACUACAAGGCAAAGUCGAAAUGGGCCGAGCACGAUGUGCUAGCCAUGUUGUCUCCGCCGUGGAGGAGCUCACUGGAAGAUGCCUUCCUUUGGAUAGGAGGGUUUCGACCAAGCACGGCUUUCCAUUUGCUGUAUGCUAAGUCUGGGUUGCAGCUCGAGGAUCAACUCGCUGAGAUGAUGCGAGGGUUCAACACCAUUACUGACCUGAGUGAUCUCUCGCAGAGCCAGCUCGCCAUGGUGGACAAGUUGCAACGCGGGGCUAUCAAGCAGGAGAAUGACAUAAGUCACAAGAUGGCAAAACUUCAGGAUACCGUGGCCGACACCACAAUGGUUGAGCUGUCGCACUCGCAUGCGACCAUAGAUAUGGUGAGAAACAAUGAUCACGAAGGAGGAGAUGAUGAUGGUCAUGAAAACCUCGUUGAGUCUGCCCUAGCAUCGAAGAAGAAAGCAUUGGAGGAGAUUUUGAACAGGGCUGAUGAGUUCAGGCUUAGAACAAUCAAGAAUAUCAUGCAUAUUCUGACACCAAUCCAGGGCGUCCAUUUUCUGAUUGCUGCUUCCGAGUUGCACUUGAAGCUUCAUGAUUGGGGCAUAAAGAUGGACACCUCCGGCCAACCAAAUGGCGACCGUUAA